UGUAAGUUAGUCUUGUGCUUUUUGGAACAAGUGAGUUGUUUAUCCCAGAUUUGGAACGCGCGAAUCAUGGGAUGUUUUUUUUCUCUCUCGCUCUCAUGAUCUGCCCUUCUGUAGGUGCAGGUGUAACAACUAACAAACAAACCACAACUUUGGGUCGUUGGGAGCUUAGACUGUUGAGCUUGAGCGUGUCGAGCCCGUGAGGUCAAGAUCAUGGGCAUGGUCAUGGAGGUGGGGAAGAAGGUAAAACCGUUGGGGUUUGGUUACCCGGCGCAGGUGCGGCGGGGGAGAACGCGGGUGGGAUGGAUCGGCAUUGGCGUCAUGGGCGGCGCCAUGGCCACGCGCCUCCUCGCUGCUGGGUUCACGGUGACUGCGUACGCUCGCACGUCGGUCAAGGCGGAUGCCCUGGUCGCCGCAGGCGCGAGUGUCGCUGACUCGCCCGCUUCCGUGGCUGCGGCCUCCGACGUGGUGUUCACCAUGGUGAGCGACCCCGGAGACGUCCGCGCGGUGGUGCUGGACCGCGCGUCCGGCGCCCUGGCGGGUCUCCGCCCCGGCGGCGUCCUCGUGGACUGCACGAGCUCCUCCCCUUCCCUCGCGCGGGAGAUCGCCGCGGCCGCGCGCUCCGCCGGCUGUCACGCUGUCGAUGCCCCCGUCUCCGGUGGCGACGCCGGUGCCCGCGACGGCACGCUGGCCAUCCUCGCCGGGGGCGACGAGGCCGUGGUGGCCUGGCUCGCCCCGCUCUUCGCGCACCUCGGCACGCCGACCCACAUGGGCCCGCCCGGCAGCGGGCAGAGCAGCAAGAUCGCCAACCAGAUGGCGGUGGCCGGGGCGGUGGUCGGGGCGGUGGUCGGCCUCAGCGAGUCCCUGGCCUUCGCGGACGCCGCCGGGCUCGACGCGCGGCUGUUCCUCGACGCGGUGUCCAAGGGCGCGGCGGGGUCGCGCGUCAUGGACAUCUUCGGCACGCGCGCGGUGAGCCGCGACUUCGCGUCGGGCCCCGGCUCCGCGCGCUACAUCAUCAAGGACCUUGGCAUGGCACUGGAGAUCGGGGAUGGCCAGGAGGAGGAGGACGAGGCCACCGCGCUGCCCGGGGCGGCGCUGUUCCGGCAGAUGUUCUCGGCGAUGGUGGCGAACGGCGACGGUGACUUGUGCGUGCGGGGAUUGAUCACCGUCAUCGAGCGCCUCAGCGGCGUUCACAAGUAAUGCAAGACAUGUGUUCGUCGCAACGACACACGGACAUACGGAGAUGUUUCUGGGCUGUAUUCGAUCUGCCACUGUCGCAACCAUGCAUGGAUUCACUCCGAUUUAUGUCA